AUGGUGGCUCCAUCAGCCACAGCACAUCAGGCAUCAGGCACAGGACAUCAGGCAUCAGGCACAGGAUAUCAGACACAGGACAUCGGGCAUCAGGAACAGGACAUCAGGCACAGGGCAUCAGGCAUCGGGCACAGGACAUCGGACAUCAGGCACAGGACAUCAGGCAUCAGGCACAGGACAUCAGGUAUCAGGCACAGGGCAUCAGGCAUCGGGCACAGGACAUCGGACAAAAGGCACAGGACAUCAGGCAUCAGGCACAGGACAUCGGGCAUCAGGAACAGGACAUCAGGCAUAGGACAUCGGGCAUCAUGCAUCAGGCACAGGAUAUCAGACACAGGACAUCGGGCAUCAGGCACAGGACAUCAGGCUCAGGACAUCGGGCAUCAGGCACAGGACGUCGGGCAUCAAACACAGAACAUCAGCCACAGGUCAUCAGACAUCAGGUACAAGGCAUUGCUCAUCAGGCACAGGACGUCGGGCAUCAAACACAGAACAUCAGCCACAGGUCAUCAGACAUCAGAUGAGGAAUUUGAUAACGCCGUUGAGAGGAACUUCUCAACCAUGUGCGGCCGUUUCGAAGAAGAUGUCAGUUUCACCUUGUCGCUGUCAAUCAAAUGCCUGCUGAUGCGAAACAGCGCGGGAACUUUACCGAAAUCGGAACCAUUCAGGAAUUGGCAUUUUGGGUCGCUUGAAACGUGA